AUGACGACGAUUUUCGAAGCUCCAGUGAAGAAGGGCGUGAAAAGAGGACGUGAGCCAGCGGCGAAGAAGGAGACAACAACAGCAACCAAGGCUCGCGAACCGCCGGCAAAGAAGGUCAAGAAGGCCGCUGAGGAGCUGCCGUGGCCCGACAUCGUGCAGGAAGGUACUGAAGACGAACCCACGCCCAAGGCCAAGGCCAAGACCAAGGCCAGCGCCGCCAGCACGCGCCCCACUCUGCGGGCCAAGCGGCGGCCAACGGAAGCGGUGAAAGAGGAAGAAGAGGAGGAGGUGGAGGCACAGCCGAAGCGGAGCACGCCGACCAAGAAGAAGGCGAAGAAGGCGCACACCAAGCAGCAGGAGGAGGUGGCGGCGGCGGACGACAUCCCGUGGGACGACGACGUGGAGGACGUGGACGACAUCCCGUGGGACCAGCCCACCACCACCGCCACUACGCCCACCAAGAAGGCCGCCACCGCGAGGACGACGAGAGGCGAGACUCCCGGCGAGAGUCCGGGCAAGAAGAGCAAAGCGGCGGCGGCGGCAGCGAAGCCCGAGCCGAAGAGUCCCGUAAAGAAGGUGAAGCCGUCCGAGGCCAAGAGCCCCGCCAAGAGCCCGGCCAAGUCGACCACCACGACCGUGAUCGAGAGGAAGACCCCUGUCGUCGAGAAGAAGGUCGUCGAAGCCAAACCCGCGCCCGCCAAGAGAGGCGGCGGUGGCGGCGGCUAUCCGUUCUGGAUGCAGAAUAGGGCCGGUCCGCCGCACCUGGGCAUGAAGGACUUGCCCGAGGGCAAGCCGUGGUGCCUGUGGGGCAAGGUGUUCAUGUGCACCGGCGUGCUGGACUCGCUCGAGCGCGAUGACUGUUUCACGCUCAUCGAGCACUACGGGGGCACGGUAGCUAAGAGCGUCACCAAGAAGCUCACCCACGCUGUUGUCGGCACCGACGCCGGAGCCAAGAAGCUCGAGCAGAUUGAGGCGCGGAAGGCGCAGGGGCUCGUCGCCCUGGACGAGGAUGGCCUCUUCGACCUCAUCCGCAACUCGCCGGAGCAUAGGCCGUCAGCGGCGGAGAUCGCCAAGUUCAACAAGCAGCGCAAGACCGAAGGCGCUCCCGCCAAGCCCAAGGCUCUCCAAACCGCCGCCCCGCUCCUUCCUUCCCCCACGCCCGCUUCGGCCGAAGAAGAGCAGAAGAAGGGACCCGAGUUGUGGGUGGAAAAGUACAAGCCCAAGUCGACGAAGGAGGUCAUCGCCAACCCCGCGGCGGUGAAGAAGCUGCAGGACUGGCUGCAGGGGUGGCAGCGAUCGGAGGUGCAGCGCGCCAAGCGUGGAGAGGCGCCCGCUCGCGGUGCCACACAGAAGAACGCCGCCCUGCUCAGCGGACCGCCCGGCAUCGGCAAGACCACGACCGCCCACCUGGUCGCCGCCGAGUGUGGCUACUACGCGCUCGAGUUCAACGCCUCCGACACCCGCUCCAAGAAGAUGAUCAAGGAGCACCUGGCCCAGUCGACCGAAAACAGAGGCCUGGCCGAAUUCUUCACCGGUCGUGGAGGGGAAGACGGGAAGACGGUGCUGAUCAUGGACGAGGUGGACGGCAUGUCGUCCGGCGACAGAGGAGGCAUGGCCGAGAUCAUCGCCCUCAUCAAGAAGACCCACAUUCCCAUCAUCUGCCUGUGCAACGACCGCGCCUCGGCGAAAGUCCGCUCCCUGGCGAACUACUGCCUGGACAUCCAGCUCCAGAAGCCCACCACCCAGCAGAUCCUGGGCCGCGUGACGCAGAUCCUGCAGCGCGAGAACAUCGCCAUCGACAACGCCACACUCACCCGCAUCGUCGACGCAUCGAACGGCGAUGUGCGUCAGCUGCUGAACAUGCUGCAGAUGCUCACGGUCAAGUCCAAGGACCUCGGCACCCUCUCCGCGCCCGAACUGCAGGAGAGGCUGCGCACGAGCCUCAAGGAGGUGGAGCUGGGUCCGCUCGACGCCGUGAACAAGCUCUUCAACGCCACGGAGUACCAGAAGCUGUCGCUCGACGCCAAGCUGGACCUCUACUUCAUCGACCCGUCGUUCGUGCCCCUCUUCAUCCAGGAGAACUACCUCCACUGCAGGCCGCGGCGGGCGCGCAAUGUGAGCCGCAACCCGGAGGUGGAGCGGCUGGUGGAGAUGGAUCUGAUCUCGCAGGCGGCCGACUCCUUCUCGGAGGCCGACCUGUUCGACGUGGCCAUCCACCGCGACCAGGACUGGUCGCUGGCGCCCAUCCACGGCGUGUUCUCGGCCAUCCGACCUGCCGAGUUCAUGACGGGCAACCUGGCGGGCCGCAUCGACUUCCCCAAGUGGCUGGGCAAGUUCUCGUCGCGCAAGAAGCGGUUCCGUCUGCUCACCGAGCUCGCCGUGCGCAUGAGCGCCACCACCUCGGGCGACAAGGCCCUGCUCCGCCUCGACUACCUCCCGCACCUCGUGCGGCCUCUCACGGCCCCGCUCGCGAAGAAGGGCGCCGACGGCAUCGACGAGGUGCUCGCCCUCAUGGACGCCUACGGGAUCACCCGCGAGGACUGGGACACGGUGCUCGAGCUCAUGGAGCUGGGCGACAAGGACUGGGCCAAGUCGAUCCCCACCAACGUCAAGACCGCCUUCACCCGCAAGUACAAGGCCGCCCACCUGGCCGUCAAGUCGGCCCCCGCCCGCAAGGGCACCGUCAACUACGUCCUCCCGGAGGAGGCCGCCGCACAGGGCCGCGACGGCGACGACGAGGGCGACGACGCCUUCAACGACGAUGAGGCGGGCGAGGGCGAGGGUGACGAAGGCGACAGCAUGAUCGUGGCCCGUGCCUCCAAGAAGGGCGCGGCCAAGGGAGCCAAGGGAGGCGCCAAGAAGCCCGCCGCACGAGGAGGCGCCGCGGGACGAGGGCGAGGCCGCGGGGAGACAGCCAAGGCCAAGGCCAAGUAA